AAGCAUCCGAUCCGACCCUCAAAAACCCUUCCCGCAACUGAUAAUUUCGUCUUCGUUUUCAAGCAAACCACAACCCUCUUAUGGCGAGCAGGAAGCUGGUCCGAGAUAUAUUCUUCUCCCGUCGAUCCUUCUACCGUCAGAUAUUAGCAUCUCAACAGGUUUCGGGUGCGAGUGCGAGACCAAGGUUGCUUCCGAGGAAUGACUAUUGGGAUAAACGUGAAUUCAGUGUUUUCAACGAGUUCUCCAAAAAAGUUAAGGGCGAAGCUGAGAGUAAUCAGGAAUUCAAACAGUCAGUCAAGGAACUGAAGGAGAAAGCAGAGGAGCUGAAAGGGGUGAAGGAAGAUCUGAAAGAAAGAACCAAACAGACAACUGAGCAGCUGUACAAGCAGGUGGAUGGUGCAUGGACAGAGGCUGAAGCCACGGCAAAGAAGCUUUCUGCCAAUCUGAAGGAGAAACUUUCAGCUGCCACAGAGCAGGUCAAAGAGACCUUUGGGACUGCAAAACAAGAAUCCACUGAAUUUUCUGCCUCUUCAGAUAAAGAUGAGCGCACUGAUGUGAAAAAUGGUAGCAAGACCAAGUCUGAAGAGGAAAAGCAGCAGUCUGGUGCUAGUGAUGCUGCAAAUACAAUAUUUGGCAAAUUUAAAUCUAGUGUUUCUUCUGUUUCUCCUAAGGUUUCCGUGGCCUUCCAAAAAUUGAAGCAAGCAAAGCCCAUUGACUUAGCAAAGAAGGGGUAUGACAUUGUAAAGGAUGAGUUGAGUAGCAACCCUAAUAGGAGAAAGCGGAUUGAGUAUGGAACUUCUUCAUCAACUUCCUCACAAACAGGGGAAAGAAGUACAAGGACUGAUGUGGUUGUUUUACCUUCGAAACAGUCAAAAUGGAAUAAGAAGUGGGAAGCGUUUAAACAAAAAAUGCAAGGUCAUCCAGUUUUUAAACGCAUCAGUGGGUUAAGUGAACCUGUAAUGGUGAAGAGUCAGGAGCUUGCAGAUGACGUGCGGGACAAAUGGGAGACUUCUGAUAGUCCAGUUGUUCAUAAAAUUCAGGAUCUCAGUGAAAGUGUAUUUGGAGAGUCCGCUGCUGCAGUAUCAUUAAAAGAAAUACGUCGUCGUGAUCCGUCUUUCUCAUUGCCAGAAUUUGUGUCUGAGGUUCAGGAAGUAAUCAAGCCAGUCCUUAAAGCUUACCUCAAGGGGGAUGCUGAAGUUCUGAAGAAGUACUGUGGCAAUGAAGUGAUUGAGCGUUGUAAAGCGGAGCAUAAAGCUUAUGAGAGCCAGGGUAUCUUCUUUGAUAACAAGAUUCUGCACGUAUCUGAGGUGGAAGUAAGGGAGACAAAAAUGAUGGGGGACACUCCCAUCAUAAUUGUUGCAUUCCAAACACAGCAGGUCUAUUGCGUGCGUGAUAGAUUUGGUGCGAUAACAGAAGGGGGAAAGGACACAAUCCACACUGUGUACUAUGCAUGGGCUAUGCAACAAGUUGAUGUAGAAGAACUAGGCGAAGGCGCAUUAUUCCCAAUAUGGCGGCUGAGAGAAAUGCAACAACUUGGUGUGCGCGCGCUUAUUUGAUUUUAUACCAUAUCACACCUUUUGAUGGAUGGAUCGUAGUGUAUUACUCUCUCUGGGUUUUUGUCAUUGCCAGGGAAAAAAUUAAUGAUUCUUUCCUUUUUAUUUUUGGAUCAAAUAAUGCACCAGUUCACUUGAAUGUUACGUCUCUUUGCAUACAAGCAAGUAUGCUGUGGCCCGACUUGGUAGUAGUUGGUAGGACAUUGCACCAUUAUACAAUACAAUUGUCACAUACAGAUAAGGUUACACAAGUUAGAAUUUCUAUAUGCAAAUUGGCUCCAAUUGCAGUAA